AGGGUUUAUCGAGCUUCUCCCUAUGUCAUAGCCACUGGCCUCUGUUCUAUUCUGUUUUCCCCAAAACCCUCCAUGGCCGAAGCAGACCACACUACGCCGCCGUCCGGUCAACUUGCGGCGACGACCCUGAGCGAUGCCGUUGAGAAGCACAAGUUCUCGGACCGCGUCUUGAUCCGUUCUAUUGUAUGCAGGCCGGACGGCGGGGAGGGUCUCUCUGGGCAACGAGUCAGGGCCGGCGGUUGGGUCAAGACGGGGAGAGAGCAAGGGAAAGGAACUUUCGCGUUCUUGGAGCUUAACGACGGCUCAUGUGCGGCGAACUUGCAGGUGAUUGUGGACGCUGGCGUUGCGGAUCUGAGUCCGCUUGUUGCCACUGGGACUUGCGUGGUUGUUGACGGCAUUUUGAAGGUGCCACCGGAGGGUACCAAGCAGAGAAUUGAGCUUCGGGUCGAGAAGGUGAUUCAUGCGGGUCCGGUAGAUCCAGCUAAGUAUCCUUUGCCAAAAACUAGGCUCACGCUUGAGUUUUUAAGGGAUCAUCUCCAUCUUCGCUCCAGGACCAAUACGAUAUCUGCUGUUGCUCGAAUACGAAAUGCUCUUGCUUUUGCAACUCACUCUUUUUUUCAAGAGAAUGGAUUUCUAUAUGUGCACACACCAAUUGUAACGACCAGUGACUGUGAGGGUGCUGGGGAAAUGUUUCAAGUUACAACCUUGAUUAGUGAGGCUGAAAAGUUGGAAAAGGACCUCAUUAGUAAUCCUCCUCCAUCAGAAGCAGAUAUAGAAGCUGCCACAGUUUUUGCCAGUGAGAAAGGGGAGGCUGUUAAAAAUCUCAAACUUGCUAAGGCAAGCAAGAAUGAUAUCAGUGCUGCUGUGGCCGAACUUAACAAAGCAAAAGAGAAUCUCUCAAAGCUGGUUGAUAGAUCUAAGCUAAAACCUGGUAUUCCUCAGAAGGAUGGCAAGAUUGAUUACAGUCAAGAUUUCUUUGCUCGUCAAGCAUUUUUGACAGUUUCUGGUCAACUACAGGUUGAAACAUAUGCAUGUGCUGUUAGUAAUGUGUAUACAUUUGGGCCAACUUUUCGGGCUGAACACUCGCACACUUCAAGGCAUUUAGCAGAGUUCUGGAUGGUGGAGCCUGAAAUAGCAUUUGCAGAUCUUCAGAAUCUUGGAGAUGGGGCUGCCUCUUGAGCCAUACGAAUGGUAUCUGGACCUCCGGCGCUUUGGGACAGUUAAGCAUUGUGGAUUUGGCUUAGGUUUUGAACGAAUGGUUCUUUUCGCCACUGGCAUUGACAACAUCAGAGACGUUAUUCCCUUCCCCAGAUACCCCGGGAGAGCCGAUCUCUAAAUGAUUUCUACUAUGUAGCACAAUGAAAUACUAUUCGAUUCAGUUCAUGAAUACGUAAAGGAUAUUGAUAGUUUUGCAUAAUUUUUAUGUUUCAGUUGUUAAAGCACAUUGGUUUAAAUCAAAAUCUAAGAAUGAU